CUAUACAUUCAUGUACAUACUAGCUCAAUUGGGCCGACCAACCAGUGCUCCCGCACAUUGGCAAACCGGGCUAUCUGCAUUGUGUCCCACUACCCGCCAACCCCUCUUUUACACUGCUGCUACUCUGUUCAUCAUAUAUCCAUUGUUACUUUAAUCAUAUCUACAUGUACAUACUACCUCAAUCAGCCUGACUAACCUGUCUGUAUGUAGCCUCGCUACUGUAUAUAGCCUGUCUUUUUACUGUUUUAUUUAUUUACUUACCUAUUGUUAACCUUAUACCUUUUUUGCACUAUUGGUUAGGGCCUGUAAGUAAGCAUUUCACUGUAAGGUCUACACCUGUUGUAUUUGGCGCACGUGACAAAUAAACUUUGAUUUGAUUAAAUAUGUAUUGUGUUCAGGUUUGGUUUGCCCCCUGCUGCACCUCCAACUUCCACCCCAGGUGUUACUGUGAAUAAAUCCACUGCGGUCAGCGUUGAACAGCUAAAAAAGCGAGCAGAGCGAUUUGGCGGGAACGUUUCUUCAGUUUCCAAGAAGCUCCAGCAACACUGUUCCUGGCUGCAAAGGUUGAGGAACAGCCCCGCAAGUUGGAGCAUGUUAUCAAGGUGACCCAUGCAUGCCUCAACCCUCAGGACCCUUCACCAGACGUCCGCAGUGAUGUUGUGCCUCACCAGCUCGUUUUCUCCCGUUGUGCUGUUUACAAACACACAUGACUGGCUCAACUGUUCUGGGGAACUACGAACCACUAAUGAACAGGAUAAGGAUCCACGUGUUGCCGUCAUGCUGGGGCCGUUUGUCCCAGACUGCCCGUACCCAAGAGCCCAAGGCCUGUUCCUUCACCCAGCGGCCCUGCUCCCAGCCCCGCCUGGUGGGAAUUCUGCAUCAAACACGUCCUGGAGGACAAGAACGCCCCCUACAGACAGUGUAGUUAUGUGUCUAACAAGAAUGGCAAGCGCUUCCCGAAUGCAGCCCAAGGUUGAAAAUAAAGAAUGGGUGACCUUCUGCGUGGAGCACUUUAGGUGGAAUGCCAUGGCUCUCCAGGCCCAGUUGAGGAAGGCCUCAUCUGGUCCCUCUCCUGAGGCCUUCCUAUCUCUGCUCAGUGGAUACAACUGCACUGAGACCCAUGAGCAGGACAGUGGCCGCAGUGAAGCCAGCCUCAUCCUAGUUGCUAUUCCAGGUAAAUUGGAGCAUUUACUAUUAAGUGCAUGGUCCCAUUCCUGUACAUUCCUCCACUGCAUUGAGCCAAGUCACAGUCCAGGGGAGCGGAUGAGGAUUGUCUGUCCAGCUGUCCUCAUCUACAGAGUGAGGGUGAGCAGGGACCACUCGCUCUUGACCAGACCUGUAGUGGAGACCCAGACAGUGAAGCUGACAGCAUUGACCACAAGGACCCUCUUAAGUAAGACAGCAAAUAUUCGGAUACUGUGUUCUCUACCACAUUACAUAGAGUUGAAGUCGGAAGUUUACAUACACCUUAGCCAAAUACGUUAAACUCAGUUUUUCACAAUUCCUGACAUUUAAUCGUAGUAAAAAUUCCCUUAAUUAGGUCAGUUAGGAUCACCACUUUAUUUUAAGAAUGUGAUGUCAGAAUGAUAGUAGAGAUAAUGAUUUAUUUCAGCUCUUAUUUCUUUCAUCACAUUCCCAGCAGGUCAGAAGUUUACAUGCUACCAAAUACUAAUUGAGUGUAUUGCCUUUUAAAUUGUUUAACUUGGGUCAAACGUUUCGGGUAGCCUUCCACAAGCUUCCCACAAUAAGUUGGGUGAAUUUUGGGCCCAUUUAUCCUGACAGAGCUGGUAUAACUGAGUCAGGUUUGUAUGCCUCCUUGCUCGCACACUCCUUUUCAGUUCUGCCCACAAAGUUUUUUUUAUAGGAUUGAGGUCAGGGCUUUGUGAUGGCCAAUCCAAUACCUUGACUUAGUUGUCCUUAAGCCAUUUGCCACAACUUUGGAAGUAUACUUGGGGUCAUUGUCCAUUUGGAAGAGCCAUUUGUGACCAAGCUUUAACUUCCUGACUGAUGUCUUGAGAUGUUGCUUCAAUAUAUCCACAUAAUUUUCCAGCCUCAAGAUGCCAUCUAUUUUGUGAAGUGCACCAGUCCCUCUUGCAGCAAAGCACCCCCACAACAUGACGCUGCCACCCCCAAGCUUCACGGUUGGGAUGGUGUUCUUCGGCUUGCAAGCGACCCCCUUUUUCCUCCAAACAUAACGAUGGUCAUUAUGGCCAAACAGUUCUAUUUCUGUUUCAUCAGACCAGAGGACAUUUCUCCAAAAAGUAUGAUUUUACUUUUUUUAAAUUAUUACUUUCUUAGCUACAGUACACUUUCUUAGCUACAGACCUCAACCAUUUUAUAACAAGCAUGUCCAGAGAUACAACCUCUCUAAUCAUCACUCAGUGCCUGGGCUUACCUCCACUGUACCCGCACCCCACCAUACCCCUGUCUGCACGUUAUGCCCUGAAUCUAUUCUACCACGCCCAGAAAUCUGCUCCUUUUAUUCUUUGUCCCCAACGCUCUAGGCGACCAGUUUUGAUAGCCUUUAACCAUACCCUAAUCCUACUCCUCCUCUGUUCCUCGGGUGAUGUGGAGGUAAACCCAGGCCCUGCGGGUCCCCAGGCACCCUCAUUUGUUGACUUCUGUGAACGAAAAAGCCUUGGUUUCAUGCAUGUUAACAUCAGAAGCCUCCUCCCUAAUUUUCUUUUACUCUCUGCCAACCCUGAUGUCCUUGCCGUGUCUGAAUCCUGGCUUAGGAAGGCCACCAAAUAUUCUGAGAUUUCCAUACCCAACUACAACAUUUUCUGUCAAGAUAGAACUGCCAAAGGGGGAGGAGUUGCAAUCUACUGCAGAGAUAGCCUGCAAAGUUCUGUCAUACUUUCCAGGUCUAUAUCCAAACAGUUUGAACUUAUAGUUUAAAAAAUGUAUCUCUCCAGAAAUAAGUCUCUCACUGUUGCCGCCUGCUAUUGAACUCCCUCUGCGCCCAGCUGUGCCCUGGACACCAUUUGUGAAUUGAUCGCCCCCCCAUCUAGCUUCAGAGUUCGUUCUGUUAGGUGACCUAAACUGGGAUAUGCUUAACACCUCGGCAGUCCUACAAUCUAAGCUAGAUGCCCUCAAUCUCACACAAAUCAUCAAGGAACCCACCAGGUACAACCCUAAUUCCGUAAACAUGGGCACCCUCAUAGACAUUAUCCUGACCAACUUGCCCUCCAAAUACACCUCCGCUGUUUUCAAUCAGGAUCUCAACGAUCACUGCCUCAUUGCCUGUAUCCGCUAUGGGUACGCGGUCAAACGACCACCCCUCAUCACUGUCAAACGCUCCCUAAAACACUUCUGCGAGCAGGCCUUUCUAAUCGACCUGGCCCGGGUAUCCUGUAAGGAUAUUGACCUCAUCCCGUCAGUCGAGGAUGCCUGGUCAUUCUUUAAAAGUCAUUUCCUCACCAUCUUAGAUAAGCAUGCUCCGUUCAAAAAAUGCAGAACUAAGAACAGAUAUAGCCCUUGGUUCACUCCAGACCUGACUGCCCUUGACCAGCCCCAUAACAUCCUGUGGCGGAUUGCAAUAGCAUCGAAUAGUCCCUGCGAUAUGCAACUGUUCAGGGAAGUCAGGAACCAAUACACGCAGUCUGUCAGGAAAGCAAAGGCUAGCUUUUUCAAGCAGAAAUGUGCAUCCUGUAGCUCUAACUCCAAAAAGUUUUGGGACACUGUAAAGUCCAUGGAGAACAAGAGCACCUCCUCCCAGCUGCCCACUGCAUGGAGGCUAGGUAACACGGUCACCACCGAUAAAUCCAUAAUAAUCGACAUUUCAAUUAGUAUUUCUCAACGGCUGGCCAUGCCGGGCAACAGCCCCCCCGCAGCUACUCGCCCAAGCCUCCCCAGCUUCUCCUUCACCCAAAUCUAGAUAGCAAAUGUUCUGAAAGAGCUGCAAAACCUGGACCCGUACAAAUCAGCUGGGCUAGACAAUCUGGACCCUCUCUUUCUAAAACUAUCCGCCGCCAUUGUUGCAACCCCUAUUACCAGCCUGUUCAACCUCUCUUUCACAUCGCCCGAGAUCCCUAAAGAUAGGAAAGCUGCCGCGGUCAUCCCCCUCUUCAAAUGGGGUGACACCCUAGACCCAAACUGUUACAGACCUAUAUCCAUCCUGCCCUGCCUAUCUAAAGUGUUAGAAAGCCAAGUUGAUAAACAGAUCACUGACCAUUUUAGAAUCCCACCGUACCUUCUCCGCUGUGCAAUCCGGUUUCCGAGCCGGUCACGGAUGCACCUCAGCCACGCUCAAGGUACUGAACGAUAUCAUAACCGCCAUCGAUAAAAGACAGUACUGUGCAGCCGUCUUCAUCGACCUUUUAACGCAGAGACUGCAGGCCUUGUGUACUCGGAACAGGAGGUUACAUUUUCGUCAAGGGCUUAUAGAGUGGAGGGAGAGAAGGGCGUGUUUCAUAGUUUAUAACCCAUGUCUCUUCACAGGGGCGGGCCACUGAUUGAGCAGAGCUCUAACCUUAUAAAAACCCAAUUUUCUAAUUUGGAA